AUGGAGAGCGAGGAAAUGGUAGAGACUUUGAAUAACUAUUGUGUGCUGCUCUUCACUGUAGAAGAGAAAAACUACACAGCAGUUAAGUUUGAUGGAUAUGCCCCUCCUGUUUACACAACUGAAACAGCAGGAGGAGAUCACUCUGCUGGGUUGGCAAAAAGUAAAACCUUCAAGAUCAGAGAUGCAGGCCCGGACACUCAUAGGCUUGAGGAAUCAUUACCCCUAAAUCCACAUGGAAGGACUGGCCUGGGGGGAAGAGGAAGUCUUCGCUGUUAUGGACCAAACAUGGCAAUGGAUCCCAUUAUUACGCGCUUUAAGAGGAACUCAGAUAACUCUGCCACUGAGAAAAAUGGCAAGCGGGUACUGGAGGUUCUUGUUAUACGAUAUCCAGGUGAAGACUGGACCCUACCUGCGGGAAUUCUGGCUGCUGGAAAGACGUUCCCAAGAAACAUGAUGGUCAUCUUAAAUGAAAAGAUACUGGACAUGUUUCAGAAACUGCAGAAGAAGGCCUUAGAGGUCUAUAAGGGAUAUGAGGAUGAUUCCAGAAACACAGACAAUGCAUGGAUUGAAACUGUGGUCCUCAACUUGCAUUUGGAUGAUGACAAUCCAUAUAUAAAUUCGCUCACAAGCAGAGGUGGCUCAGAGACAAGCAUUGAGAUGAAGAUUCCGGUGAUGGUGGAGGGAAUCGCGAAGCAGCUAGCAGUGCAUUGGCAAACUGUGGAGCAAGGAGACCCAGUGUGUGCACGUUACAAAGCAUACCUGCGAGUAGUGACUGAUUUUCAUGGCGCCUGCUUCUAAACUGCCCACGUCAUCGGUGCACGAGUGGUAAAGCCAGAGACAACCUCAACCGAGUCGGAGUGGCCAAAAACAAGGGAGACAGAUCUGACCCACUCAGCAAAGCACCAACUAGAUAUUGCACCUGCAAACAGAGUGUGAAUACAAAACCUGCUGAUAAAAAAAAUGACACUUGAUAAUGGCACAUUACAUUGCAUGUUCUGAUCCUGCUAC